AGACAAGGAGAUUCACCUGAAAAAGAGACGUGGGAGCCAAAACAGUGUUACAAACACAUUUUAUGAGCGUUGUCCACCGUAACACUUCUGUCUACGCUUUGACCGGCCUGCUUAUUGCAAUGGGUGUGUUUGUGUUAAGAUAAAACAAGAGUAUCACAGAACUAACAAUAGUAGAAAGAGGGACGGUAACGAUACGAAUACGGAACCCAACGGUUAAGAUUCGGACUACAGACUUUACCUAUUAAAGACAGAGGUCUAGAUCUUAUAAGCAACCUUCUAUACCCAUCCUAUCUAGGAGGUCUCAUAAGAUUCCACCCUCAAAACAGCAACUGCACUCUAUCUAGUGUGAGGAGUUGAAUAACUCCCCACAAAUCCCAGCAGCAGAUGGUCGGCCGCUCACCAGGGUCGCGGCAAAUUCGCGUAGUGGCGGCGCGGCGAAGAGCGAGGACGGAGAACGAGAGAGUUUGGAGAUCGAGGACGGAGAACGGGAGAGUUUGGAGAGGAAGAGAGUUUGGAGACAAGAGUUUGGAGAGCGAGAGAGUUUGGAGAGGAAGAGAGGUUGGAGACAAGAGUUUGGAGAGCGAGAGAGUUUGGAGAGCAAGAGGGUUCGGAGACCAAGAGAGUUUGGAGACCAACAAUGGAAACGGAGAAAGCGGAGACUUGGCGGGCGGAGCGAGAGUGCCGUGUGCAAAAAGGAGUAGCGGGACGCCGCCGGACUUUGGACUUUGGGAAGAAGGUGCCACAUCUCAGCAGCGGUGCGGCACACAAACAUGUCGCAUGCGUCUCCGGGAUCAGCGGGACGGCAGCAUCAGGCUGGACGGCGGCGGGAGGCAGUGCGUCAAGGACAAGAGGGUCAAACAGAAACCAUGGACUUUGGAUCCGAUGGGGAGAGUUUUGGCGGGCCGUGUGCAAAAGGGAAAUAACGGUUCCCAGAGGCCCUAUAUAAACCCGCAGGGCGCUAGCAGCGAGAUCGGUCAGUCAAGAUCAGUCGUUGAGAAGAGUCAGUCAAGAUCAGUCAUUCAGCAUCAGUCAUUCGGUCGAGAGCAUUGAGAUCAGUGAUCCAGCGGAGAGCAUUCAGUCAAGAGCGAGCAGUCAGUCGAGAGCAAGGAGUCGUAGGAAGCAGCGCCGUGGGAGCCUACGAGGAGCAAGAUCGUCACGUCGAGACGUUCGGGAUUGGGAUUACUAGGAAUCGCCGAACUGAGACACAGGUGGCUGAGGUCUAAGGAGGCGCCACACGGCUAAGUUCUGUUCUGUCCUGCCGACGAAGUCCUGGCGGUACGCCUGGAGGGUCUACUAGACUGAAAUUUGAAA